UUGUGGUGGUGGUGGCGGCCGAGACGGUGGCGGCCAUUUUGGUGAGGCCUCGGGAGCGGCUGCGGCGGGUCUCUGGGAAUAGCGUUUCCUUUUCUUCCAACCCAUUGUCCUCAUUCCUCCGUGAAGUGAGAGGAGACAGUUGAGGCACGGCGGUUGCAGUAGUCGCGGUUCCCCAGGGGCACUUAAAGGCCUAGAAGGCGGCGGUUCAGAGGAGGCCCUCCCCCCUCCUUGGCGGGAGGGGGGGUGGUGUGCACGCCCCCGAGGACGCAGGUGUGAUUCCCAUCAUUACGGCAGCACCGUGGAAGUGCAGACUUUCCCAGGGGGUGUGGUCUCAGCUCACACAGGUGCUCCAGAGGCUGGUGGACCUGAGCAGAGGCUGGGACGCCCUGGUGGGCCCCGGGCCCUGGAAGGCGGGUCCCGGUGGCUGGUGGCCCAGAAUGAGGCCAGCUCGCAGCAUGCCCUGCAGCCGGACGCCAGCCCCUCGGCCUGCAGCAGCGGUGAUAACAACUCAAUUAUUCUUCAGGCAUCCAGCAAGGAGCCUGGGAGUGGGACCAUGCAGAGCAGUCCCUCCCCUGCUCAUCCUCAGCUCCCAGUCCUACAGACACAGAUGGUGUCGGACGGCAUGACAGGCAGCAAUCCUGUGUCCCCUGCCUCAUCUAGUUCCCCAGCCUCUAGUGGGGCAGGUGGUAUCUCCCCUCAGCACAUAGCUCAAGAUUCCUCACUGGAUGGACCUCCUGGCCCUCCAGAUGGUACCACAGUUCCCCUGGAGGGACUCAGCCUACUCCAGGCAGCUGACCUGCUUAACAAGGGCCCAAGGUGGGAGAAGAGCCAUGCAGAAAUUGCAGAGCAGGCUAAACAUGAAGCUGAAAUUGAGACCCGGAUUGCUGAGCUGCGGAAAGAGGGAUUCUGGUCCCUGAAAAGACUGCCUAAGGUUCCAGAGCCCCCUCGCCCUAAAGGCCACUGGGAUUAUCUGUGUGAGGAGAUGCAGUGGCUGUCUGCUGACUUUGCUCAAGAGCGCAGAUGGAAACGGGGUGUGGCCCGAAAGGUGGUACGUAUGGUGAUCCGGCAUCAUGAGGAGCAACGGCAAAAAGAGGAACGGGCUCGGAGGGAGGAACAGGCCAAGCUGCGAAGGAUUGCUUCAACCAUGGCCAAGGAUGUCAGACAGUUCUGGAGCAAUGUAGAGAAGGUGGUACAAUUCAAGCAACAGUCCAGGCUUGAGGAAAAGCGCAAAAAAGCCUUGGACUUACACCUGGAUUUCAUUGUGGGGCAAACUGAGAAGUACUCAGACCUUCUGUCUCAGAGCCUCAACCAGCCAUUAGCUUCCAGCAAGGCUGGCUCCUCUCCUUGCCUUGGCUCUUCUUCAGCAGCGUCCAGUCCUCCACUCCCUGCUUCUCAGCUGGAUGAUGAAGAUGGGGACUUCCAACCCCAAGAGGAGGAAGAGGAUGAUGAGGAAACCAUUGAGGUUGAAGAACAGCAGGAAGGCAAUGAUGCUGAGACCCAGAGGCGUGAAAUUGAGCUGCUUCGACAUGAGGGAGAACUGCCACUGGAAGAGCUACUCCGUUCCCUCCCUCCUCAACUGUUGGGAGAGCCCUCCAGUCCCUCUCACACUCCCUCAUCUCGUGAUAGUGACACUCGAGAUGGGCCUGAAGAAAGUGUGGAAGAGGAACCCUCCCAGGUCUUGGAGGUGAAACCCUUAACUACUUCUGUCACACAUCGCAAGAAACAACCUUGGCAUCCAGAUGAAGAUGAUGAAGAAUUUACUGCCAAUGAGGAUGAAGCUGAAGAUGAAGAGGACACUAUAGCAGCUGAAGAACAGUUAGAGGGAGAGGUGGAUCAUGCCAUGGAGUUGAACGAGUUGGCUCGAGAAGGUGAGCUUUCUAUGGAAGAGCUGUUGCAGCAGUAUGCAGGAGCCUAUGCCUCUGAUGCCUCCUCUCCAGACUCUGGGAAUAGUGAGGAGGAAGAGGAAGAUGAAGAGGUUGAGGCCAGCAGCUCUGAUUGUGAAGCAGAGGAGGCAGCUCAAGAAGAUAGUAGCAGUCAGUCAGACUCUGUUGAAGAGCAGAGUGAGGAUGAGGAAGAUGAGCAUUCAGAGGAGGAAGAAACAAGUGGGAGUUCAGAAUCAGAAGAAUCUGAGUCUGAUGAGUCUGAGGAUGCCCGAUCACAGAGCCAAGCAGAUGAGGAACAGGAGGAAGAUGAAGAGGAGGAAGAUGAAGACGAUGAUUUUGGGGUGGAGUACUUGCUUGCUCAGGAUGAAGAACAGAGUGAGGCAGAUGGAGGCAGUGGGCCUCCCACCCCAGGGCCACCCACCACUCUAGGCCCCAAGAAAGAAAUUACUGAUAUUGCUGCAGCAGCGGAAAGUCUUCAGCCCAAGGGUUACACCUUGGCUACUACCCAGGUAAAGACACCUAUCCCUCUGCUUCUGCGGGGCCAGCUCCGUGAGUACCAACACAUUGGUCUUGACUGGCUGGUUACUAUGUAUGAGAAGAAGCUUAAUGGCAUUCUUGCAGAUGAAAUGGGUUUGGGGAAGACAAUCCAGACCAUCUCCUUGCUUGCUCACUUGGCCUGUGAAAAAGGUAACUGGGGACCCCACUUAAUCAUUGUUCCCACCAGCGUGAUGUUGAACUGGGAAAUGGAAUUGAAACGUUGGUGUCCCAGCUUUAAAAUCCUUACUUACUAUGGAGCUCAGAAAGAGAGGAAGCUCAAGCGGCAGGGCUGGACCAAGCCCAAUGCUUUCCAUGUGUGCAUCACAUCUUACAAGCUGGUGCUACAGGACCACCAAGCCUUCCGCCGCAAGAACUGGCGCUAUCUUAUUCUGGAUGAGGCUCAGAACAUCAAGAACUUCAAAUCCCAACGCUGGCAGUCACUCCUUAACUUCAACAGCCAGAGACGCCUGCUCCUGACAGGAACUCCUUUGCAGAAUAGCCUCAUGGAGCUGUGGUCCUUGAUGCAUUUUUUGAUGCCCCAUGUCUUCCAGUCUCAUCGCGAGUUCAAGGAAUGGUUCUCUAACCCCCUAACUGGCAUGAUUGAGGGAAGUCAAGAGUAUAAUGAAGGUCUAGUUAAACGUCUCCACAAGGUUUUGCGGCCUUUUCUGUUGCGUCGAGUUAAAGUGGAUGUUGAGAAGCAGAUGCCCAAAAAGUACGAGCAUGUUAUCCGCUGCCGGCUUUCCAAGCGCCAACGCUGUCUUUAUGAUGACUUCAUGGCACAGACCACAACUAAGGAAACCCUAGCUACAGGCCAUUUCAUGAGUGUCAUCAACAUCUUGAUGCAAUUGAGAAAAGUCUGCAAUCAUCCAAAUCUGUUUGACCCUCGACCUGUUACUUCCCCAUUCAUCACCCCAGGCAUCUGCUUCAGCACAGCCUCUCUGGUGCUAAGGGCCACUGAUGUUCACCCACUCCAGCGAAUAGACAUGGGUCGGUUUGAUCUUAUUGGCCUGGAAGGUCGUGUGUCUCGAUAUGAGGCUGACACAUUUCUUCCUCGCUACCGCCUGUCCCGCCGCAUACUGUUAGAGGUGGCUACUGCUCCUGACCCCCCACCUCGGCCAAAGCCAGUCAAGAUGAAGGUCAACAGAAUGCUGCAGCCAGUUCCCAAGCAAGAAGGCCGUACAGUGGUGGUGGUGAAUAGCCCACGGACACCCCUUGGCCUUGUCCCAGUCCGACCCCCUCCAGGCCCUGAACUUUUAGCUCAGCCCACUCCUGGUCCAGUCACCCCAGUGUUGCCAGCACCACUGAUGGUAUCAGCCUCACCUACUGGACCCCCACUUGUUUCUACAUCCCGGCCCCCUGGACCUGUUGUCUUGUCUCCCUUGCAGCCUAACACUGGCCCUCUUCCCCAGGUAUUGCCAUCCCCUCUGGGAGUCCUGAGUGGGACCUCUCGGCCUCCCACACCAACCCUGUCCCUAAAGCCAGCCCCACCUGCCCCAGUUCGCCUGAGCCCAGCCCCACCCCCAGGCUCCUCUAGCCUGUUGAAGCCCCUGACAGUGCCACCAGGCUAUACCUUUUCUCCUGCUGCUGCUUCCACCACCUCUACUACCACAGCCACUGCUACCACCACAGCAGUGCCGGCUCCAACUCAUGCACCACAGCGACUCAUCUUAACUCCUGAAAUGCAAGCUCGCUUGCCCACUGGUGAAGUGGUCAGCAUCGGGCAGUUGGCCUCACUGGCACAACGUCCAGUGGCUAGUGCUGGGGGAAGCAAGCCUCUCACCUUCCAAAUCCAGGGCAACAAACUGACUCUGACUGGUGCCCAGGUGCGCCAGCUUGCUGUGGGGCAGCCCCGCCCGCUGCAAAGGAAUGUGGUGCACCUGGUGUCAGCAGGGGGGCAGCACCACCUCAUCAACCAGCCUGCCCAUGUGGCCCUCAUCCAGGCCGUGGCCCCGACCCCUGGCCCCACCCCUGUAUCUGUGCUGCCUUCUUCGACCCCCAGCACCACCCCUGUCCCCACUGGCCUCAGCCUUCCGCUUGCUGCUAACCAGGUGCCACCAUCCAUGGUGAAUAAUACAGGCGUGGUGAAGAUUGUGGUGAGACAAGCCCCUCGUGAUGGACUGACUCCUGUUCCACCAUUGGCCCCAGCACCUCGGCCUCCAAGCUCUGGGCUUCCUGCUGUUUUGACUCCUCGCCCCACUUUAACCCCUGGCCGGCUUACCACACCUACUCUGGGUAAUGCCCGGACCCCUAUACCCACACCCACUCUGGUGAGGCCCCUUCUCAAGCUGGUUCACAGUCCUUCGCCUGAAGUCAGUGUUUCAGCACCCGGAGCUGCUCCCAUGACCAUCUCUUCUCUGCCUGUGCCAUCCUCACUUCCUGGGCCAGCCUCUUCCUCGAUGCCAAUUCCCAACUCCUCUCCCCUUACUAACCCUGUGUCUUCUACAGUGUCAGUCCCUGUGUCAUCUUCACUCCCAAUCUCUGUCCCUACCACACUUUGUGCCCCAGCCUCUGCAUCACUGACCAUCCCCAUCUCAACCCCUUUGCCUGGUUCAGCUUCAGGCCCAGCUUUGUUGACCAGUGUGACUCCACUGGCACCUGUUGUCUCAGUGGCCUCUGGACCACCUCCUUUGGUAUCAGCUGGAACUUCCCCAUCAGUGUCAGCCUUGGCUCUAGGUUUGGCUACUGCUCCAGCCUUAUCCCCACCUCAGACACCUGGUCACUCUUUAUUGUUGGCUCCCACCUCUUCACAUGUUCCAGGAUUGAACUCAGCCAUGGCCCCAGCAUGCUCACCUGUCCUGUUGCCAGCCUCGGCUCUGGCUAAUCCUUUUCCAGCUUCACCAAAUCCUCCUCCAGCUCAGGCUUCCCUUCUUGCUCCAGCACCUUCUACAUCUCAGGCUUUAGGCACUUCUCUGGCUCCAAUGGCGGCUUCACAGACAGGAAUCUUGGGUCCUCCAGCUUCUCCUCUGGCUCCUCUUCCAGUCCUUGCUCCAUCACCAAGUCCUGCUCCUGUACUGGCUUCAGCUCAGACUCCUCUUCCUGUUGUGGCUCCGUCAUCAGUGCCAGGGAAUCCUUUACCCUCAUCGUCACUGGUCCCAGCUCCAGCUCCUGUGUUGGCUCCAUCAUCAACUCAGACUAUGGUACCAGCCCAAGUUCCAUCGCCUCUCUCAAGCCUGACUUCGACACAGACAUUGGCCCUAGGCCCAACAUUAGUAUCCACUCUUGGUGGCUCAGCUCCAUCUCAGAUACAUUCUUUGGGAACAGGAAACUCUCUGGGGCCCUUUCCAACACAGACAUUAUCAUUGACUCCGGCAUCAUCCCUGGUACCAACUCCAACCCAGGCUUUGUCUUUGGCAUCAGGAGCACAACUGGGUCCAACUCAGACACUAUCUCUGGCUCCAAAUUCUCCAAUGGGCCCAGCUCCAGCUCACACACUGACUUUGGCCCCACCACCAUCAUCUACUUCACUCCUGGCCCCAGCUUCAGUUCAAACACUGACUUUGAGCCCUGCCCCAGUUCCUCUGCCUACCCUGGUUCCAGCUCCCACUCAGACCUUGGCACUGACUCCAGCCUCAACACAGACACAAGCACCCCAGGCAUCUUCCCUCAUUGUUUCAGCAUCUGGUGCCGCUUCCUUGCCCGUUACUGUGGCAAACCGCCUACCAGUUCCCAAGGAUGAUCCAGACACACUGACAUUGCGUUCUGGUCCCCCCAGCCCUCCUUCCACUGCUACCUCAUUCAGUGGCCCCCGACCUCGACGCCAGCCCCCACCACCACCUCGUUCCCCUUUCUAUCUGGAUUGUCUGGAGGAAAAACGGAAACACCAGCGGUCUGAACGCCUGGAACGGAUUUUCCAGCUUAGUGAGGCUCAUGGGGCCCUGGCACCCGUGUAUGGGACUGAAGUGCUGGAUUUCUGUACUCUGCCCCAACCUGUUGCCAGCCCCAUCGGCCCUCGUUCUCCUGGUCCCAGCCACCCCACCUUUUGGACAUAUACAGAGGCUGCCCACCGGGCUGUACUGUUUCCCCAGCAGCGACUAGACCAGCUAUCAGAAAUCAUUGAGAGGUUCAUCUUUGUCAUGCCUCCUGUGGAGGCACCACCCCCUUCCCUGCAUGCCUGUCACCCACCUCCUUGGCUCGCCCCUCAUCAGGCAGCCUUCCAGGAGCAAUUAGCCUGUGAGCUCUGGCCCCGGGCUCGUCCUUUGCAUCGUAUUGUGUGUAAUAUGCGCACCCAGUUCCCUGACCUGAGACUUAUCCAGUAUGAUUGUGGAAAAUUGCAAACAUUGGCAGUGCUCUUGCGGCAGCUCAAGGCAGAGGGCCACCGAGUUCUCAUCUUCACCCAAAUGACCCGAAUGUUGGACGUAUUGGAACAGUUUCUCACUUACCAUGGUCACCUCUAUUUGCGUCUAGAUGGGUCAACUAGAGUUGAGCAGAGACAGGCCUUGAUGGAAAGGUUCAAUGCAGACAAGCGCAUAUUUUGUUUCAUCCUUUCAACUCGAAGUGGGGGUGUUGGUGUGAACCUGACAGGAGCAGACACUGUUGUUUUUUAUGACAGUGACUGGAAUCCAACCAUGGAUGCUCAGGCACAGGAUCGCUGUCACAGAAUUGGACAGACUAGAGAUGUCCACAUCUAUAGGCUUAUCAGUGAACGCACAGUAGAGGAGAACAUUCUUAAAAAGGCAAACCAGAAGAGAAUGUUGGGAGACAUGGCCAUUGAGGGAGGCAACUUCACCACAGCCUAUUUUAAACAGCAGACCAUCCGAGAGCUAUUUGAUAUGCCUUUGGAGGAGCCACCUGGCUCAUCUGUACCUACUGCCCCUGAGGAGGAGGAAGAGACUGUGGCCAGCAAACAGACCCAUAUUUUGGAACAGGCAUUGUGUCGUGCAGAGGAUGAAGAAGACAUUCGUGCAGCCACCCAGGCCAAAGCUGAACAAGUGGCUGAACUUGCAGAAUUUAAUGAGACCGAAGGCUUUCCUUCUGGUGAGGGAGAAGAGGUCAGUCGGCCUGGGGUUGAAGAUGAGGAGAUGUCACGGGCUGAGCAGGAGAUUGCUGCUCUUGUAGAACAGCUUACUCCCAUUGAACGAUAUGCCAUGAAAUUCCUUGAAGCCUCAUUGGAGGAAGUGAGCCGGGAGGAGCUCAAGCAGGCAGAAGAGCAAGUGGAAGCUGCCCGCAAAGACCUGGACCAAGCCAAGGAAGAAGUGUUCCGUCUACCCCAAGAGGAGAUGGAAGGGCCAGGGGCUGGGGAUGACAUGUGCUGUGGGACUAGUGGAGGCAGCCACCGGCGCAACAAGAAAGUCAAAGCUCCUGAGAGGCCCGGGACUCGUAUCAGUGAGCGUCUUCGUGGAGCUCGGGUUGAAACUCAAGGGGCAAACCACACUCCUGUCACAUCUAGCCAUCAUACCCGCAAUACCUCCACACCCCCCAGAUGCAGCCCUGUGAGGGAUCGUGUUUCCAGACCAGUGUCUAGGCCUCGAUCUGCUCCUGUUCCUGCCACAGAUCCUGUCCCAGCCCCUGUACCCAUUUCAGCCUCAAAUCCAGUGACCAUUCUUCCUGUCCAUAUCUUGCCUACUCCUGCACCUGUGCCUCAGCUUCCUCCUCCUUGUUCUCCUGCCUGUACCCCUCCUCCUACCUGUACUACUACUACUACCUGUAGCCCUGUAUCUCCUCACACCUCCCCACCUGCUCAUACUUCUCUCUCAACUCCUUCCUCACCUAUCCUGCUUGGUUCUCCUUCUGUGCCCAUCUCUCACCCAGUCACCAACCUUCCCUUGGGCUUGGGCCCUGAGGCGGAUCUCUGUGUAGAAGAGUUGGCAUCUAUGGAGUCUCUGGAACUGGCUGGCAUGAUCAGUUCUGAGGCUUCCCCACCUAGUCUUGUAUCUUCAAAGGAUCUGUUGCCAGCUGCUAAUGAGACUCUACCUGAGUCAGAGAAGAAUCUUACUUCUGCACCCAGUCCAACUUUGGAGGCUGCCAGCAUCCCCAACGGUCAGGAGCAGGAAGCAACAGACCCUGAGGAGGCGGCCAUUCUCACAGUGCUGCCUAGUACUGAGGAAUCCCCCGUGGAUCUGAAUGAGAGCAAUGGGUUGGAGCUCCCACCUUCAGCAGCAUCCAAUGAGCCACUUCAGGAGCCAUUGGAGGCUAAUAGGAACUUGGAAGAGUUGGGUGAUGAUCAACCCUCCAUCUCCAACCAAGAAAAGCCACAAGAACUUGUUGAGGUCCCAGCCCCAUCAACCUCCUCUUCAUCCACUUCCUCUCCUGAGGGUCCUUCACCUGCCCGGCCCCCACGGCGUCGCACCAGUGCUGAUGUAGAAAUUAGGGGUCAGGGGACUGGCCGACUAGGGCAACCUCCAGGUCCCAAAGUGCUUCGCAAGCUUCCAGGAAGGCUAGUAACCGUGGUGGAAGAAAAAGAGCUUGUGAGACGACGGCGACAGCAUCGGGCAGCUGCCAGCACCCUAGUGCCUGGAAUCUCUGAAACGAUUGCCAGCCCUGGAAGCCCAUCAACUCACAGUGUGUCAGGGCCAGAAACCUCACCUAUCAUGGGUGGGCCCUGUGAAGCUGCUCCCUCAUCCUCACUCCCCACCCUAACCCAACAGCCCUUCAUAGCUCGUCGUCAUGUUGAGCUAGGGCUGACAGGUGGGAGCAGCCCAGAGAAUGGAGAUAGAACACCGCUUGCUAUCACACCACCUGCUGUGAAACGUCGGAGAGGAAGGCCACCUAAGAAGAACAGAUCUCCGGCAGAUUGCAGGAGAGGGAUGGAUGAGGCACCCUCAUCCACCUCUAAGGAAAAAACCAAUGGGGUUGAUCCUGGUCCUGGGACUGAGACUGUAAUGGCUGCAGAUCCUGUCUCAGGGUCCCAGCUUAUUUCUGGGUCUCAGCCCCUUGUACCCCAACCUGUGCACAGACCAGAGCCCAUCGUCCUGUCACCUGUGGAGAAAAGAAGACGUGGGCGGCCCCCUAAGACACGGGAAUUGCCCAUCCCUGGGACCACUUCUUCUCCAGGGGACGGCAAUUUAGAGAGCCGGACACAGCCACCCCCACCACCCCUGACACCACUCCCAUCCUUGCCACCCUGUCCCACUGCUACUGUCGCCAACACUGUCACCACCGUCACCAUUUCAACGUCCCCACCCAAGCGGAAACGGGGCCGACCUCCCAAGAAUCCACCAUCACCACGGCCCAGCCAGCUCCCUGUCUUGGACCGUGACAGCUCUUCUGUGCUUGAGAGCUGUGGAUUGGGGAAACGGCAGCAACCCUUGUGCCAGGGGGAGAGUGAGGGCAGUUCCUCUGAUGAAGAUGGAAGCCGCCCUCUCACCCGCCUGGCCCGCCUGCGACUUGAAGCAGAGGGAAUACGGGGACGAAAGAGCGAAGGGUCCAUGGUGGUGGCCGUAAUUCAGGAUGACUUGGAUUUAGCAGAUAGGGGGCCAAGUGGGUUAGAACUGACACCUCCUGUGGUCUCUUUAACCCCCAAAUUGCGCUCAACCCGCCUGCGUCCAGGGUCUUUAGUCCCCCCACUAGAGACUGAGAAGGUGCCUCGCAAAAGGUCAGGGGCUCCAGUUGCUGGGAGUCCUGUGAUGACAAAGCGGGGCCGUCUACAGCCCCCAAGUCCCUUGGGGCCUGAGGGCUCAGUAGAGGAGUCUGAGGCUGAAGCCUCAGGUGAAGAGGAAGGGGAUGGGACCCCACGUCGUCGGCCUGGUCCCCGCAGGCUCACUGGGACCACCAACCAAGGGGACCAGCGUAUUCUGCGCAGCAGUGCUCCUCCCCACCUGUCUGGCCCUAUCAUUAGUCACAGAGGCCGCAAGGCCAAGACGUGAGUGGGCUGCCCCUCCAUCUAGGUAUCCCACCAUAGCCGCUGUCCCUCCAUGACCAGGCCUGACUCUGUUAACCACUACUUGAAGUCUUGAGGGGAAAAGCCUCCAAGGAGACAUAGGGACCUUCUCCCUUCUUUUCACCAAAGUAGGGGGUAGGUAACUGGUUGUCAUGGAAAUGGGGCUCAUCACAACCCCCUUCUCUCCUACCCCACAUAGCUGGGCAGUGUUAAGGGUGGCAAGAUAGUCUCUGUCCCCACCCCCUUGUACUUGAUUCCCAAGGUCUUUCACAGCUCCACACUCUUAGGAAAAAGGGGAGGGGCUUCUCUA